UGCUGGCAUUUUAGGUGAGCGUUGUAUGUUGUUUGUUAUUGUACACAUUAAUCAGCAACAUAGUAAUUGGGUUGAAUUCUGAAUUGUCUGAAGUUAUAUUGCUGAAAUGAUUCCUUCUUUUAACUGACCCGAUCGUUAUAUUCUUGUCAACAGAUCAUGUUAGUCUCCUUUAGCGACAAUCAAUAGGGUGCUUGGGAUGUAUACUUACCUGGAGCAUAGUUCUAACAUUAGUUGGACGCACUUUAUAUUUAUUAGUAUGUCAGCCAUAUCACAGAGCCUGGUCACCCUUGUCUUCUCGUAUGACAAGUAAUAGUGUGCAGGGAACCUGAUGAACCUGGGUCAGAGAUCAUAGAUUGGUUAAACUUGCGAUUUGAGUUUUGUAGGAAUACAUGUUAGGUAUUACCAAAACCUAUUUUUAGUGGCAAGUGACUGGCUAUAUCUGUAUGCUAUUUCAUAGAAGCGGAAAUUUUGCUCCACUCCAUUGUGCGGGUCGGUUGUGCAAGUGAGUCGGGGUUUCCGCUGGGGUUGGCAGUGUCAGGGCAAGUACACCACGGGGAGUUCUGGCCAACAUGAGUAAGGUCUGCCCCCACUGCGGGAAGGGCUUUCAACGCCUUGCGUCUCACGAGUGGAGGUGCAAGGAGAAGGGAACAGCCGUCCCUGCUUCCUCCGUCCCCCAGUCUCGUUCAUCUGGGAGCUCAAGUACAAAAUCAGCCUCAGCAAGGAAAAGUCCUGGGCGAUCUACCACACCAUCAGCCUCAGUAGGGAAUAGUGCUGGGAGAACUACCACACCAUCAGCCUCAGCAGGGAGGAGUGCUGAGCGAUCUACCACGCCAUCAGCCUCAGAAGGGAAGAGUGCUGGGCGAUCUACCACACCAUCAGCCUCAGCAGGGAAGAGUGCUGGUCGAUCAAUCACGCCAUCUGCCUCAGCAGGGAAUAGUGCUGGACGAUCUUCCACGCCAUCAGCCUCAGCGGGGAAGAGUGCUGGGCGAUCAACCACACCAUCAGCCUCAGCGGGGAACAGUGUUGGGCGAUCUGCCACGCCAUCAUCCUCAGCAGGUAAAGGUGCUGGGCGAUCUACCACACCAUCAGCCUCAGCAGGGAACAGUUCUGGGCGAUCUACCACACCAUCAGCUUCAUCGGGGAAAAGUGCUGGGCGAUCUACCAUACCAUCAGCCUCAGCGGGGAAGAGUGCUGGGCGAUCUACCACACCAUCAGCCUCAGCUGGGAACAGUGCUGGGCAAUCUACCACACCAUCAGCCUCAGUGGGGAAUAGUGCUGGGAGAACUACCACACCAUCAGCCUCAGCGGGGAAAAGAGCUUGGCGAUCUACCACACCAUCAGCCUCAGUGGGGAAUAGUGCUGGGAGAACUACCACACCAUCAGCCUCAGCGGGGAGGAGUGCUGAGCGAUCUACCACGCCAUCAGCCUCAGAAGGGAAGAGUGCUGGGCGAUCAACCACACCAUCAGCCUCAGCAGGGAAGAGUGCUGGGCGAUCAAUCACGCCAUCUGCCUCAGCAGGGAAUAGUGCUCGACGAUCUACCACACCAUCAGCCUCAGCAGGGAAGAGUGCUGGGCGAUCAACCACACCAUCAGCCUCAGCGGGGAACAGUGCUGGGCGAUCUACCACGCCAUCAUCCUCAGCAGGGAACAGUUCUGGGCGAUCUACCACACCAUCAGCUUCAUCGGGGAAGAGUGCUGGGCGAUCUACCAUACCAUCAGCCUCAGCGGGGAACAUCGCUGGGCGAUCUACCACACCAUCAGUCUCAGCAGGUGAAGGUGCUGGGCGAUCUACCACACCAUCAGCCUUAACGGGGAAAAGUGCUAAGCAAUCUACCACACCAUCAGCCUCAGUGGGUACCAUUGCAGGUGCUUGGCGUUCCGAUGAUGCAACAAGGAAUGGCUACGUUUGUUCCACAGACUCAGAAACAGAAUUCACAGAGAUAUGGGAGAUGGAUGCAUUGGUCAAAGAGAUGGUCGAGAGAAACAUCAUUCGGAACUCUGACAAUCCAAAAAAGAACAUCAAAAGGUUUUUUGAAAAUGAAGUUAAGAUGGAGCAGAAGGACAUCCAGCAGGCGUUGGUGCACUUUAAAUGGUUGAGGGAAAGGAUUGUAGGACAACUAAACAGUGGGAUGAACUUUGGAACAUGGAAGGCUUGCAAUGCAGGGUCGCAUUUCGAUGGAACUAAGGUGGCUCGACCAAAUGAAAUGGACUGCACAAUGUUCCCAAUUCUUCAGACCAAACUUGAGGCUGUGUUUGAUGACACCUGCGAAGUUGGAACCUGCAAGGUGAAGGUCGUCGGUGUCGUGGAUGACCACGAGGAGGAUCUCCGGCUAUUCCUUGAUGGAGGCUUUGUUAACUCUAAAAAGUUCAGGAUAUACGUCUUUGAGAAGCUUGAACGAGUUCUUGAGACAGAUAGAAAGUUAAAGGGUGCACGCAAGUUCAAAGAUUCACAGUCUUUUGCAGUCAAGUAUGAGGGUAUUCCAUCUGAGGAAGGGAUGAAAAGUAUUGACAUUGACUUUGUGCCAUCCUUAAACAUUAAACCCUGGCCUAGAAAGAACGUUUCCCGGGACAUUGAAGACAUCCUCCCGGACCAAGCUAAAGCUGCAUCCAUUAAGGAAAACGGAUUCAAUGUAACACCGAAGCAACAGAAUCAAGGAAACGAUCCAGACCUCCUGUGGCAAGUUUCCUUUUCCUAUGCAGAGAAGGCCAUCACUAAACAUGCUGAUAAGAUUUCUUGGAAACCGUCACUUAGAACAUGGAAAAGAGUCUUGGAAAUUGCAAAAGGCAACAGUGAUUGUUGUGCCAAGGGGAACAGUCCAGAACUCGUGCAGAUCCAGGAAGCAGUGAGAUAUGUCAAGGAGCAUAAUCCUAAACUGCGUUCCUCCCGACUGACGACAUACCACAUCAGAACACUCAUGUGGUGGCAGCUGUAUGGUCUAACAGCAGGGGAGCACGUUUGGAGGCAGGAAACAAUGGCUACAAGAUUUCAGGACUGUCUCCGGAAAUUCCAGAAAAUGAUGGCAGGGGAGAUAGUGGUUCCACACUUCUUCCUACCCCAGAUCAAGAACAUCUUACCGAGGAUGCACAAGGAGGAGAGGGCAUUUCUCUAUGUCAUAGCAAAGGCAACUGAGGUUGUGUUCACCAAAAAACAAUGACGCUCAAACUUGACAUUCUUGGUAGGCCAAGGAUAUUUAUUUGUCAAUUCAACUUCAGAGUGAGUGAGUUGGGAUGAGGGGUUGGCAGACGAGGAAAUGGAAUGGCAUGGCAUUGAUAUGUAUGUGUUGUUGUUAUAUACCAUCUCCCUGUAUAUCAUGUGAGCGUUAAUAUUGAUACGCUGCUUGUGUGAUCACUGGGAAAGUAGGAAUAAAACAGAGGGAGAAAAUCAGCGAGAACAGUUGGACACUGGUUACACCAGAAACUACAAAAGCUGCUGUUUCCACAAAAUGGAGUGAAGAACAGUGAAUUCUGUGUUGUUAUCAGUCCAGAUCAUGCAUGUAUUUCGACUCGUCCUUUGGUAUGAAGCAGCCAGGGAAACGAACCAUUACCCUUAGGCAGUGUAGGACGACUGAUGCCAAAGGACAAUGGCCAAAUUGCAACACAUGAAGCAUGGAUUGGAAUGAUCUCAAUGUCGUGGCUGGCGCCUGGCGACAGGCGUUUUGUGUGUGGAAAUGAGACACUCUCAGGCUCCUGUCGGCCAACAGGGGAGAUAACUACUGGAUAUUAAACCAACUUCAGACAGGGUGGACAGGGAUGCAUAACUAGAAGAACUUGCUGGACAUACUAAAACAUUCAGGUAAUCCUGGGAAUGAUAUUAGAAAUCCCUGUCACAAAGAUUAGCCAUGACCCUAAAUACAAUCAAGGAAGGACAUUGUUUUGUUUGCAGACAGUAUUUGAGGCAAGUGGAAAUAGUGUAGCAGUGACGUUUUCACGUUAUAUUUGGUUAUACAAUAAAAAAAAAAAUUGUUCGUGUUAUACAGUUUUGUUGGCAACAGUAUUAUUCGUGGUAUUCUCUUUGCCUGAUCUUUGUCUGGCCCAGGUUAAUGAAUAUGUAUAGCACGUGAAUUUCAUGUUAGUGAGAAUCUUAGUUAUAAUAAAGAGUAUUUUAAUUGGCUGAUGUGAUCGUCUGGUCCAAUAAAAUUGUACCUCGUGGUUUCGUACGGCUGGUUAAGUGAAAUUGUACCUCGUGGUUUCGUACGGCUGGUUCAAUGAAAUUGCAUUUUGAGAGGUAAACGUGUGAGGUUGAACACAAGAGUGGUCACCGGGUAUAACGUGUUAGUUUGCAGUCUUACAGACACGAAGAGUUGCUUUGUCUUAUAGACGGGGUAUUAAAAAGGCUU